CGCACUUUGCCCUCAGCUUGGCCAGCCAUUUUUAUUUUUAUUUUUUAUUUUUGUGCCCUUUUUGCUUCUUUCCAAUUCGCGCAAAAAUACACAUUCAUUUUUUCACACGCAUUUUGCCACUGAAUGGUAAUUAGUUUUUCGCAUUUACCAAUACACUUUUUUAACAACAGGCACACUUCUCGCAUCUUAAUUCCACAAGCAAGACAUGGUUUCCCGAACAGCGUCAACGGCAACAACAUCGGCAGUUUGCGCAGCUGACAAGCUCGACUUUGGCUCUAUCGCCUCAACCACAUAUAAAUUAGCUGGCCAGCCGACACAGCUCGGUCGAAAAGUGGCCAAUGCGCUGUUGAUAAUUGAGGAGGCAAUUGAGAAAUACGAGAUGGAGCAUAUUGCACUGAGCUUCAACGGCGGGAAGGACUGCACUGCGCUCAUGCACCUGGUCCGCGCAGCGCUGCACAAACACAGCACGGCGCGCGGCCAGCCCACGACUGCGCUGGUGUCCUUCUGCGUCGACUGCUUUGUGAAAAGCUCCGUCGGCCGCUAUAGCUUGGGGCUGGUGGAGAAGAGCGGGUCGAUGCAGCAGGGGCUACAGGCAUUCAAGGAUGACCACCCCGAAGUGCAGGCGAUCUUUGUGGGCACGCGGAGGGACGAUCCAUAUGGCGACAAGCUCGAUUUUUUCUCGCCCACAGAUGCCGGCUGGCCGCAGUUCAUGCGCGUCAACCCAAUUUUGGACUGGACCUUUGAUGACGUCUGGGGAUUCAUCCAUGGCGCUGCAGUGCCGUACUGCUCUCUGUAUGACCAUGGGUACACGUCGUUAGGCGACGUUGAAACUACCGUACGCAACCCUGCGCUGCUGAAGGACGGCGUGUACCAGCCGGCGUGGUCGCUUGCCAACGGGUGUCUGGAGCGCAGUGGGCGCUCAGCAUCGAGUUCCUCCCAACCUUCGGCCAGUCUGGAUGUGUUCGCAGCUUCUAAUUAGGCGGGGUGGACGACGCAGUUGAGUAGCAGUAUCGCGGAUGCGUCAUCUCGGUUUCGAAUUACAUUUGACAAGGUGUCGACUGCUUGCACAAGACACUUGAGAGUAUAGUUUUAGAGUUUAGGUAUUUAGUUUAUAUAUAGUUUUCUUUCUUCCAGUGUUCACUGCAUUUUGGCUCCUUUUUGGCUCGAUCACUGA